AUGCAAGAGAAAAUACAAGAGGUCAAAGGAGUCGCCAGAACUCUACUGCUAGCACCGAAAGUCGAGAUGGGUUCAAGAGACAGCAGUCGGGACCCGCCCGUCGGCAACUGGCGCGACGAGAUGGUGAAGAAAGUGCCGGAACGCGAGGCCGUAGCGAAAAAUGUCGAGGAGAUGGUGAAAAAGGGGGCGGAACGCGAUGCCGUCACGAAGAGUUUCGAGGAGAUCAAGAACGUGGACGGCGUCACCAAGAUGGCGGGCGUGCUCGUGCUGCCCCAGCAGAAAACCGGCGGGGCGGCGCCCAAAUACCCGGAACAAAGAAAACCUCCCGGCCCACCGAAGACCCUCUUCGACCCCAACAACCCCUCCAAGCCGAUCCUGGUGAAGUCGUCGGGCUCGCGGGCCGGCGUGCCGGGGUUCUCGGACCGCGCAGACGCAGACGCGCCGCCGCCGCCGCGCAUCUACACCGCCGACCAGUUCGGCAACCUGCUGCCCAAGUGGUACGACGAGGGCAGCGCCGAGUUCCAGUGCUGCCACCAUCGGGAGCUGAUCAGGGACGUGAAGAGGGCCGACUGCGAUUUGCAGGCUUUCCUUUUGUAUUUGAUCGACGAGGGCACCCAGUAUUUCGAGGGUUUGCUGCCUGUCCUGGAGGAGACAUACAAAUUCAAGUUGACCAACUUUUUGAAGGAGAACAACAUGGCGUCCCACAAACAGCCAGAAAUGGACGGAUUGGCGGGCCUGGCGCUGGUUUCGGCCCAGAAAAUCUGUUUGUUUCUGGGCGAUCUGGGCAGGUACAGAGAGGAGGCACUGACUUUCAGUGGCGUACCCAAGGGCGAGAAGAAGCGCAGGGAGGAGCGGCUGGAGCGGCAGCGGUCGCAGAUGAAGCGCAAGGAGUCGGAGGAGGGCCUAGCUGGCGGGGGCGGCCGGCUGCCCUCGUCGCUGAGGAAGGAGACGUGGGUGCACCCGGAGGGCGGCAGACGGUGCCACCGGACGACGUCCGCCCAUACCGAGCACAAGGACUCGGACGAGGAGGAUCUGGCCGGGUUGACCAGCGUCGAGGUGAACAAACGCUUCGUGAUCAGUUAUCUUCACGUACAUGGAAAACUUAUAACAAAUAUCGGCAUGGAAAGUUUUCAAGAAACUGCCAUGCAGAUGUUGAAGGAGUUCCGUGCCCUUCUUCAACACUCCCCAGUGCCCUUACCCUGCAAUAGAUUCCUGCAGCUGUUAGCCUUGAAUAUGUUUGCCAUUGACAGUACGCAGCUAAAAGGUAAGUGCCUACUUAUUUAA